AUGGAACCCAGUAACCAAACCUUCCUAAAAGAGUUUAUCUUAGUUGGGUUUUCUCAAAACAUGCAGCUCUGCGUAUUACUUUUUGUGACAUUGUUGCCAAUAUAUGGUUUUACCCUUUUUGCAAAUAUAUUUUUAAUUGGUACUGUUCUAAUCAGUCCCAAACUUCACCUGCCUAUGUACUAUUUUCUAUGUCAUCUCUCAAUCAUCGAUGUGUGCUUCUCAUCUUUGUGUCUUCCAAAAGUGCUGAUAGAUGCUCUUUCCAGGCCAAGGACAAUAUCUGUCCAAGCUUGCGUGGUGCAAAUGAACAUUGGCUCAUUCCUUGGGUGGGGCACCCAGUGUUUGAUCUUGGCGGUGAUGGCGUACGAUCGUUAUGUGGCAAUAUGCUUACCCUUGUAUUAUAAAAUCAUAAUGAACUGGAAGAUGUGUAGAAACAUGACUUUAUUUGUGUGGUCUGGGAGUUUGCUCAUGUCUAUAAUCCCACCAAUUUCACGGCCUCUGGUGUUCUGUGCAGAAAACAAACUGGACCAUUUUACUUGUGAGAUACUGGCGGUUCUUUAUCUGGCCUGUGGAAACGUCGCCUUUUAUCAAGUAGCUAUACUCUUUGUAGGUUUGAUAACCCUUGUAGUUCCUCUAGUGUUCAUUGUGGUGUCUUACAUCCUUAUCAUUUCCUCCAUAUUAAAGAUCCGGUCUGCUGGCGGAAGAUACAAAGUUUUUUCUACCUGUGCUUCUCACCUGACUGUUGUCUCACUUUUCUAUGGGACGUGUAUUACCAUGUACAUGGGGAAAACCACAAGUUUUUCUUCAAAUCAGAAAUAUAUCUCUGUGGUUUAUGGUGUUGCCAAUCCUGUGUUAAAUCCUCUGAUAUAUAGUUUGAGAAAUAAUGAGGUGAAAGAAGCAUUUCAGAAAAUAGUGAAUAAAAAAAUCUUUUCCAAAAGAAAUGUGCUUCCACCUUCACCAGUGUGA